AAAGAUCUGGAACUAGACUAAAAGUCAGAAUAUACUACAUACAGGGAAACAAAAAGGAAAAGCAACGUCCGUGAAAGUCACUGCAGUACAAAUGCGUAGGCUCUGGCAGCCAGUUUGAACUCCUUGACCUUUAAUCCUCGCAACCAGAAAUUUGAAGCAAUCACCGCAGUCACUACCAAACUCAGCUUCUUGUAGUAAAGCGCAAACGCGCACCACUGGGAAGGUCCCAAGUUCGUGCGCUUUGCAAGUCGCAGAAACACCCGGGGCUCGCAAUCAUCUCAAUACAUGACAGCUGUCUACCAGCGAAUCUGUUACCAUGGGUCCUGUUGGAAAACGGUCCCAUGCGGCCAUUAUAGAUUUGACCGGCGACGACGACUCGACAACGCCAAGUAAACACCCGCGUCAUGGCUCAUCCUCAAGCGCAAGAAAGUCUCGUCCUGGCCAACCAUCAUCACCAAAGCCAUUGGCCGCGUCCAGCCAAGCGCCUUCAUCAACUCAAUUCUAUGGGGUUGAUGACCCAAACUCACGAGCGCUGAAUCAAUCCGAUAACUCUCCCCAGCUGGAGUUGUAUGGCACACUUGACGUCAAAAUCGUCGGCUGUAGAUACUACAACGGCAUAGUGUCGCCUGGUGAGCUUACUAUUUGCCGUCGGGAACCGACCAAUCCGUACGAUGUAAACGCUAUCCGAGUGGACAACGUUCAAGGGGCCCAGAUUGGCCAUUUCCCCCGGAAGAUUGUAGAGAAGUUAGCUCCUUAUAUUGACGCCAAUGACAUUGCUAUUGAAGCCAAAAUUAUGGGCGAGAAACAGACUUUCGAUUGCCCUGCAAAGAUGUUCAUUUUCGGGACCAGUGACCCGCUGGCCAGGGCGCAACUUGAAAACAGACUCAAGAACGACAAGCUUUUAAAGGCUACGCAGCUCAAGCAGACCAAGCGCGAGUCUGAGCUUCGUCGUCUUCCCUUGGAGAUCACCGGCACUUCAACGCAGUCACUCAAGAACAUGCGACCGGGACAGAAAAAUCCCCUUGUAGCCAUGGAAAGCCUUAUCGAACAGAGUCAAGUCGUAAAGGCAAGAUCCACCGACGAUCUUGUGAAAAGCCUCGCAAUGGACGAGGAGGCACUGUCCGCUUUGCCUUGUGCAGAUCAACCGCAAGAGCUCAAGUCCCAACUUCUGCCUUAUCAGCUGCAAGGUCUUGCUUGGUUGGUUAAGAAAGAGAACCCUGAAUUUCCCGUUACUGGCUCGGACGAAAAUACGCAACUUUGGAAGGUUGAUGCCAAAGGUCGUUAUAGGAACCUUGCCACUGAAUUCACAACUGCUGAUGCCCCCAAGCUCCUAAGCGGCGGCAUACUCGCAGACGACAUGGGACUUGGCAAAACGCUACAGAUCAUUGGUCUUAUUCUGACAGGAGGACCCGGCCCGACCCUUAUUGUUGCACCCAUGACGGUGAUGUCGAAUUGGAGCCAGCAAAUCGAGAACCAUGUGUACGAAGAUGAACGACCAAGCGUCUAUAUUCACCACGGUCCCUCCCGACUCAGGGACUCGGAGGAGGUGGAAAGUUAUGGUGUGGUCAUCACAACGUACGGCACAAUGACCAGUGAGGGUUCCAAAGGCCCUCUGUCCAAAAUCCAAUGGCGAAGAGUAGUACUGGAUGAAGGUCACACAAUCCGCAAUUCCGAUACAUUAACUGCGCUAGCUGCUUGCGAGCUGAAAGCCACGUCCAGAUGGGUCCUCUCCGGUACGCCUAUUGUCAACAAUAUCCGCGACCUUUAUUCAUUACUCAAAUUCUUGAAAAUCACCGGUGGCUUGGAGUCAUUGGAAGUCUUUCGUUCCGUCAUUGAGAGGGGGCUUUCAUACGGCGACUCUCGGGCAGAGAGCCUUCUUCAAGCUUUGAUGGGAGAUCUGUGCCUAAGGCGCAACAAGAGUAUGAAGUUUGUGGAUCUCAAACUGCCACCAAAGACUCACUAUGUGCAUCGCAUCGCUUUCACAGAGGCCGAGCAAAAAAAGUACGAUGCCCUCCUGUGUGAGGCCAAGGGUGUACUGAACGACAUCCGCAAGAACCCAAAGACGAUUCAGCAUGGCGGAUUUACCAGUGUCCUUGAACGACUUCUUCGACUGAGGCAAAUGUGUUGCCACUGGACCCUGUGCAAAGAGCGUGUCAAAGCGGUCUUGUCAAUUCUCGAGGGACAAAAAGUGGUUGAACUUACACCAGAGAAUCGUCAGAUUCUUGAAGAAGCCCUCCGUCUACUCGUGGAGAGCCAAGAUGAUUGUGCAGUAUGCCUAGAUACGCUUGAUGAUCCAGUCAUCACGCACUGUAAACACGCGUUUUGCAGAAAAUGCAUUAUGCAAGUCGUCGAGGUUCAGCACAGGUGCCCACUGUGCAGAACAGAGCUCAGCGAAGACAAGCUCGUCGAGCCAGCCAAGGAAGAUAACGGCAGGUCUGUCCAGGUGGAUGAUAUGGACGAGUCUGCCGGCUCCUCGAAGACAGAUGCACUACUCAAGAUUCUUGAUGGCACGCUACUCAAAAAUUCUUCAUCGAAAGUAAUCAUCUUUUCACAAUGGACUUCUUUCCUGAACGUCAUACAGCGACAGCUGGAGGAGCAUACCACAUAUGGAUAUACCCGAAUCGAUGGCACAAUGAAGCCAGUGGCCCGCGAUGAUGCCAUGAGGAAGCUGGAGACAGAUCCGGACACUCGUAUCCUACUUGCAAGCUUGGGAGUGUGCAGUGUCGGGCUAAACCUCGUGACAGCAGACACGGUUAUUCUAGCAGACUCUUGGUGGGCUCCCGCUAUCGAGGACCAGGCUAUCGAUCGAGUCCACAGGCUAGGGCAGACUCGACCCACGACGGUAUGGCGACUCGUCAUGGAGGAUACCGUGGAGGAGCGCGUGCUCGAUGUCCAGAGUGAGAAGCGAGACCUCGUCAGCAAGGCCUUUCAGGAGAAAGGGAAGAAAACAAAGGCCAAGGAAACACGCAUGGCCGACAUCAUGAAGCUUCUAGGCUGAGUGACGGCGUAAUACCAUGUAGGCAAUAAAUAGUCCAUGGUUUUGACUAGUAUUGUGUGUUGACUCAUUCGUCCAGUGGACAUACGAAGUAUUUCAAGGUUUUUCAGAUGUUGACAUGUUAGCUUUCACACGUUCCAUAUACUUUUGGGCCGCAUGUGCUCAAAUCUGCGUGGGCACGAACCAACAACCCACGCAAGGUCUGCCUUAAAAAGAGAGUGGGAUGGAGAAAUGUAUACUUGCGCAAUGUAUGGAUUGGAGCUCACACGGCGAUUUGGUGUUUGUUGCUCUUGCUUGAAUUGAUAGGGAUGACUCCGGAGCCAUAUGAAACAAACCAUGUCUGCAAAUUUACUGACACUACAUUAGGCAAGCUAACGUACUAAUAUGAGCCUCUGAGGCUUGCGUUUAGAUGUGAAC